AGCCAGGACCCCGGCGUCCGGUCACCCAGCCGCGCUUAGGCUUGGGCCCGCAUGGAGGGGGCGGUGGAGUCCCAGACUCCGGACCUGCAAGACGUGGAGGGCAAGGUGGGCAGGAAGACCCCUGAAGGGCUGCUCCGAGGGCUGCGAGGCGAAUGGGAGCUGGGAACCUCGGGUGCCCUGCUGCUCCCGGCGGCACCUGGAGCGAGCCACGGCCUGGGGGGCAAGAUCACGGCGCUGAAGAUGGAGCUGGCUUGCCUGCGAGCCAUUGAUGUGAAGAUCCUGCAGCAGCUGGUGACCUUGAAUGAGGGCAUCGAGGCAGUGCGCUGGCUGCUGGAAGAGCGGGGUACCUUGACCAGCCAUUGCAGCAGCCUCACCAGCAGCCAGUACAGCCUGACUGGUGGGAGCCCAGGCCGCUCCAGGCGAGGCAGCUGGGACAGCCUGCCGGAUGCCAGCUCUGCUGACCGACUGGACAGCGUCUCUAUUGGCAGCUUCCUGGACACAGUGGCCCCCAGUGAGCUGGAUGAACAGGGUCCCCCUGGCGCUCCCCAUCCUGAGCUGGACUGGGCAAAGGUCCUGCCCGGUGGAGAGAGGGCCAGGACGGAGGUGGACCUGACAACCACCAGGCUGGGGAGCUUGGGCGCCCUGUGGAAGCCCCCAGGGGAAGGGCUCCACAGCGGACCACCUGAGUCACCUGAGGAGGGGAGUGCCGCCGAGCUGGGCUUUGAGACCCACUGGUACUGGGGACAGUGCCAGGAUGAUGUGACUUUCUUGUAAUUGCCCCUCCUCUUACCCGUAGUCUAGUCCUGUUGCUCUUUUUCCCUCUUGGCCCUGAUCUCCCUCAGCCUGGGACUAGGCAGCAGGUGCAUGGAAAUCACCAUGGAGACCGGCCUCCCUAUCACCCUUGUCCCUAGGGAGCCUCUGACUU